UCCCGCUUAAUAAAGAGGGAGGGAGAGGCGGCCAGAGACCACCCUGCCCCGGCGACCCGGAGGAUGCUAUCGCGGUGCCGCUGCUAGAGGACACGCCGGGAUUGAGCUCGUCUCCGAGACUCUCUCUCUCAUUUCCCCCCCUUUUCCUUCUCCGCAGAGGGGUCCCGGACGGGGGUGAGGCCCUUCCACCCUCCUCCUCCUCCUCUUCCUCUCCUCCCCGGCCGCGGGAAGCCCCCUUCUCCAUGAUGCAGGCUCGCUACUCCGUCUCGGACCCCAACGCUUUGGGAGUGGUGCCGUAUUUAAGCGAGCAGAACUAUUACCGGACGGCGGGGACGUACGGCGGCAUGGGCAACCCCAUGAGCGUUUAUUCGGGCCACGCCGAGCAGUACGCGGCGGGGAUGGGACGCUCUUACGGACCUUACCACCCCCACCAACCCGCCGCCCCCAAGGACCUGGUGAAGCCACCUUACAGCUACAUCGCCCUCAUCACCAUGGCCAUCCAGAACGCCCCCGACAAGAAGAUCACGCUCAAUGGGAUUUACCAGUUCAUCAUGGACCGCUUCCCUUUCUACCGAGAGAACAAGCAAGGUUGGCAGAACAGCAUCCGCCACAACCUCUCCCUCAACGAGUGCUUCGUCAAGGUGCCCCGCGACGACAAGAAACCGGGCAAGGGCAGCUACUGGACCCUGGACCCCGAUUCCUACAACAUGUUCGAAAACGGCAGCUUCCUGCGCCGCCGGAGACGCUUCAAGAAGAAGGAUGUCUCCAAGGAGAAGGAGGAGGCCCGGGAACGGCUGUUGAAAGAGCAGCCCAAACCCCCCGGGCUGCCCGGAGCCGACAUCCCUAAGGAAGCUUCCUCCUCCUCUUCCUCCUCCUCCGCUUCGGCGCCGGCCUCCGAGAAGAAGGUGGUCAUCAAAAGCGAGACGGCAUCUCCCGAGCUCCCGGUGAUCACCAAAGUGGAAACGCUGAGCCCGGCCAGCGGCGGGGCCUUGCGGGACAGCCCCCGCAGCGCCGCAUCCCCCCCCGCCGCCGCCACUUCCCCCGAGGGUUCCUUACCCGAGCAUCACCCCGCCGGUAACGGUUUACCGGGUUUCAGCGUGGAGAGCAUCAUGACCCUGCGGACUUCCCCCGCGGGGGAUCUCAGCCCGGUGAGUGCCGCCUCCUCGGGCAGGACGGGCGCCGGGAUGCCUUUGGGUUACCCCUCGACGGGGCAACCGUCGGGCUACAGCGCGGCGUGUAGCCAAGCCCUGGACACUAGUGGGAGCUACCACUGCAGCAUGAGGGCCAUGAGCCUCUACAGCGGCGAGAGGCCGGGCCACAUGUGCGUGCCCCCCGCCCCGCUGGAGGAAGGGCUGGCCGAGCAUCCCACCGGCGCCCCGUCGCCCCUCGGUGCCCUGAGCCUGUCCUCGGGGCAGGAGGGCGGGUUGGGGAGCGGGCAUCACCCCCACGGUGGUGGUGGUGGUGGUGGUGGAGGUGGAGGGGCGGCGGGGGGGGGUCAACCCACCGCCUCUUGGUACCUCAACCACGGGGCUGAGCUGAGCCACCUGCCCGGCCACGCUUUUGGGUCCCAACAGCAGACUUUUCCUAACGUCCGGGAGAUGUUCACCUCGCACCGGUUGGGGAUGGAAAGCGCCUCGCUCAGCGACCACCAGGUGAGCACCAACUCCGCCUGUCAGAUCCCCUACAGAUCCGCGCCCUCCCUAUACCGCCACGCCGCCCCCUACUCCUACGACUGCACUAAGUACUGAGUAGCCGCCACCCCUCGCCAAAAUAAUAAUUACCAAAAAAAAAUAUUUAAAAAGUUAUUAU